AUGGGCAAAGAAGGACGUCCGGCUCUGCUCAGCACCCGAUCAACAUCGCCUUCAACGUCACCAUCUCUGGUCUUUCUUCUGGCUCUGUGGACGGUAGCGCUGCAUUUUGUUUCCUCUGCUCCGAUGCCUAACCUGUCAAUGAAGAUUCCCCGGGUCGGCAACCCAGUCCUCAACGGCUGGUAUGCGGACCCCGAAGCCCGCAUCUUCAACCACAAGUACUACAUCUACCCCACCGUGUCGACAGUGUAUGAGAAUCAGACCUAUUUUGAGGCCUUCUCCUCCCCCGAUCUGAAGACGUGGACCAGCUUGGGAAAAGUGCUGGACUUCAAGGACGUCCCCUGGAGCACGAACAGAGCUGCAUGGGCACCCUCCGUUGCCUUCAAGGAUGGGUCAUACUACAUGUAUUUCUCUGCUGGAGACGGAGCUGGGCUUGGGGUUGCACGUUCGAGUUCCCCAGAGGGUCCGUUCAAGGAUGCGUUGGGUAAGCCGUUGAUAUCAGAAUCGUACUUUGGUGCGCAGCCCAUCGAUGCAGAUAUCUUUAUCGACGAUGACGGGAAGAACUAUCUCUAUUAUGGCGGGCAUAGCCAUGGUGUUGUCGUUGAGCUAAAUGAUGACAUGAUCUCCCUCAAGGGGGAGGUUAAAGAGAUCACUCCAAAGGGUUAUGUGGAGGCUCCGUGGAUGUUGAAGCGAAAGGGCGUGUACUACUUCAUGUAUAGCACUGGCGGCAAGAGUCCACUCGGGCCCUUCGACGGCGAGCCUGUCAAGAUCUUGCAGGGAGACACCGCAAUUGGAACAGGAACCGGCCAUAAUAGCGUCUUCUCGGUCAAGGACGACUACUAUAUCGUGUAUCAUCGCCGAUUUCCUGACGACAACGAAAGAGACCAUCGAGCCACAUGCAUCGAUAGAAUGUAUUUCACCGAUGACGGUCGAAUCGAGCCCGUCAAGAUAACAACAGAGGGAGUGGAGGCCCGGGUUCCAUGGUGA